GCCCCGAGCGCCGCCGACCGCGGAAGCGCUUUCGGCCGGGAGCGGCGGCCGCCGCCAGCAGUUUUCAUGUUUGGGAUUCAGGAGAAUAUUCCGCGCGGGGGGACGACCAUGAAGGAGGAGCCGCUGGGCAGCGGAAUGAACCCGGUGCGCUCCUGGAUGCACACGGCGGGCGUGGUGGACGCCAACACGGCAGCCCAGAGCGGCGUGGGGCUGGCGCGGGCGCACUUCGAGAAGCAGCCGCCUUCCAACCUCCGGAAAUCCAAUUUCUUCCACUUCGUGCUGGCGCUCUACGACAGGCAGGGGCAGCCGGUGGAGAUUGAAAGAACCGCUUUUGUGGACUUUGUGGAGAAAGAGAAAGAGCCAAACAACGAGAAAACCAACAACGGUAUCCACUAUAAGCUCCAGCUACUAUACAGUAACGGAGUCAGAACAGAGCAGGAUCUGUAUGUUCGCCUCAUAGAUUCAAUGACCAAACAGGCCAUCGUCUAUGAGGGCCAGGACAAGAACCCGGAGAUGUGUCGCGUGCUGCUGACCCACGAGAUCAUGUGCAGCCGGUGCUGUGACAAGAAAAGUUGUGGCAAUAGAAACGAAACGCCCUCAGACCCUGUAAUCAUUGACAGAUUCUUCCUAAAGUUUUUCCUCAAGUGCAAUCAGAACUGUUUGAAGAAUGCAGGCAACCCUCGGGAUAUGCGGAGAUUCCAGGUUGUUGUAUCGACAACAGUCAACGUGGACGGCCACGUGUUGGCCGUGUCCGACAACAUGUUUGUGCACAACAACUCCAAACACGGGCGGCGGGCCCGCCGCCUGGACCCGUCAGAAGGUACGGCCCCUUCUUAUCUGGAAAAUGCCACUCCGUGCAUCAAGGCCAUCAGUCCGAGUGAAGGCUGGACCACGGGGGGCGCCACCGUGAUCAUAAUCGGAGACAACUUCUUUGACGGUCUACAAGUUGUGUUCGGAACUAUGUUGGUGUGGAGUGAGCUGAUAACGCCCCACGCCAUCCGGGUGCAGACCCCGCCGCGGCACAUCCCUGGAGUCGUCGAAGUCACCCUCUCCUACAAGUCCAAGCAGUUCUGCAAAGGCGCUCCUGGGCGCUUCGUCUACACCGCCCUUAAUGAACCAACCAUAGAUUACGGCUUCCAGAGGUUGCAGAAAGUGAUCCCCAGACAUCCGGGUGAUCCCGAAAGGUUACCCAAGGAAGUGCUGCUUAAGAGGGCAGCGGACCUCGUGGAAGCCUUGUAUGGGAUGCCUCACAACAACCAGGAGAUCAUCCUGAAGCGAGCCGCCGACAUUGCUGAGGCACUGUAUAGCGUGCCCCGCAAUCACAACCAGAUACCCACCCUGGGCAACACUCCGGCCCACACCGGCAUGAUGGGCGUGAAUUCCUUCAGCAGCCAGCUAGCCGUCAACGUGUCAGAGACAUCGCAAGCCAACGACCAAGUCGGCUACAGUCGCAAUACAAGCAGCGUGUCCCCGCGAGGAUACGUCCCCAGCAGUACUCCCCAGCAGUCCAAUUACAACACAGUCAGCACUAGCAUGAAUGGAUAUGGAAGUGGCGCCAUGGCCAAUCUAGGGGUCCCUGGCUCGCCUGGAUUUCUUAAUGGCUCCUCCGCUAACUCUCCCUACGGCAUAGUGCCGUCCAGCCCCACCAUGGCAGCCUCUUCGGUCACCCUCCCUUCAAACUGUAGCAGCACACACGGCAUUUUCUCAUUCUCACCUGCCAAUGUCAUCUCCGCAGUGAAACAGAAGAGCGCCUUCGCGCCUGUGGUCCGGCCCCAAGCCUCGCCGCCUCCCUCCUGCACCAGCGCCAACGGGAACGGACUGCAAGGCUCUCUGCUGGGUGCUGAGGACGUAGCCGUGGAGAAGACAAACUGGCCCUUUUGUGAAGUCGGUGGCAUAUUUCACUUUGAUGAACUAAUGCUCAAAAAAGGAACUGGAAAGCUAUGUCUGGGCUGGUAGUCCCGCCCAUGUGAGGGACUCUAGUUUACCUUGCGCAGCACCCAGCAUCCCAGGACGGACUUCAGGGGACACGUGUAGUAUGUUAAGACAUGCUGAGGAAACUAUCUUCAAAAAAUCAGCAGCAGUUGAAACGCUACAAAAGACAUUGUUCAAAGAUUUUAUUUAAACUAUGAAGAGUCGACAUGCAACCCACCUGCUCCUUCAUGAACAGUUAGUUCCAUCUGGCUGACUGAACUCUCAUGUUUCCACACUUCUCAGUCCUGAAGAAGGAGGAAAGCAAAGCAGCGCCUAUUUUGUAUAAAGUUUCUGACUCCGUCUUGGCUGUGUAGUGCUAUCUGUGUGGAGAAACUUCAUGAAUGCACCAUUUUGAUGACCAUGACACACAGGAAAAAUGCCUCCGGACAUUUUUCUGUACUCAUCCUUAGAUUCACAAUGGUUGUGUAUCUCUAUAAUGUGAAAUAUUUUUUUGUGGUGAAAAAAGGGGGCCAAGGAGGUAUGAGCCAUCAAACUGGAACAGAGGAUGACUACAUGGUUAGGAGAAUCUGGGGUGGCCGGGAGGGAGGGAGGGUUGAUCAUUGCUUACCUUCAUCUUCAUGAAACGAAACUUUGUAACUUAUUGUAGUUAGAAAUUGUAACUUUGAUAUUGAAUUCUCUUGCCUUCCACAAGCACACUGACAGAGAAAAGAUGCUACUGUCUGUUGGUUCCAAUAUUCUCCCACUGCUAGAGCUUCCUGUUAAGCGAGUGCGGUCUGCAACAUUUUUUCAACUUUUGCUAGUACUGUAUACUAUUGCAUUCUUAGGCUACUGUGAGGUCUACGUUUCUUGUACCAGAAAUUGUCCUUUUGACUUCUAGAUCCUUCUUCCCUGUGUUUUGUAUGUGGUUAUAAAAUUGUAGACUUUUGUGAUUUUGCCAAAGUUGUAGCUAAAUAUUUAUACACUUGUCUUGAAUUUUUUUCAGAUCCACUUAAAUAUUUAGAAGAAUGAGUUUUAUUCCUUAUGUGUCUUAUAAGGGAUAAAACGGUCUCCAUCCAACACGUACUUUACCACGAACACUUGCAGUUGCUAAGGGACUUUAUUUUGUAACAUAUCAAUUAUAAAUAUUGUAUUUAUCUUUGACAUUUUGUACAUUGCUUUCCCACUUUUUUCUUUUCCUUGUGUGUUUUGGUUUUUGAUCACGCCUGGUGUGGUGACGCCRGGAAGGGAUAAGCCAAGAACUGUCUCUCUGACCUGUUUCGUUAGAUGAACCAGUGUCCUCACAUUUCAUUUGUACUUCAAAUGUUUGUUAUUGUUUAGACUUUCCAUCUUUUUUUAUUAUUUUGAGGAAAAGUCAAAUUCAUUGUUUAUUUUUAUAUUAUUUUUAAGUUAUCUGAACAAAUACUUUUGAAAAAAAAAAGUUCGUUGUAUAGUCAAAGCAAAUCGGUGCCACCGGCCGCGACAAAUCCUAGUAGAUCCCGUGCAUGUGGAGCGGCCGCGGAGAGGCGACGCCAUUUGGGGCUGUGUCCUUAUUUUAUUUUUUGUAGAAUGUACAAAGUCAUUUUAGCUGCCACCCAUGACUUCGCCACAUAGCUGAACUGUGUUUACUGGAAAAAUUCAGAGGCCUAAAGUUUAAAAUAAAAUUUACUUCUGAUGUUUUAAUUAAAAUGUUUGCCACAUUAACUUCUCUGAUGCCUUAAAAGUGAA